AUGGUGCAUUGCACCGACGACAUCAUCUCAAACGCUCGCCAGAGUUGUGACAAGUCAUCCGGAGACGUAAUCGAAGCCGCUCAAACAAUUGCCUUCUGCACGCAUCACAUCAAGACAAUCGCCGACGACGUGAUACAAAUGAGCAAGCUCGAUUCGCGCCUUGUAGAAAUAAACCCUACGAGCAUCAGACCUCGAGAGGUCGUCGAGCAGGCCAUUGCAAUCUUCCAAUCAGAGCGGAAAGCCGGUAGUAUCGAGCUGGAUUUCAAAGAAGACCCUUCGAUCGAAGCAUUCGGAAUCGACUGGCUUCUACUGGACUCUGUCAGAUAUCUCCAGAUUCUUUUCAACAUGGUCACCAACGCUAUUAAGGUUGUGAAGAAUCGUCCGACCCGCAAGAUUGAGGUCAAGCUAAGUGCUGCGUCGAACAACGAGACAGCAGUCGAUAGCGUACGAUUCGCCAAACCACGUCACCCUGGUGGAACUGGAAAUGUAAAGUUCGGUGAGCAGUACAAAGAUGUGGAGUCUGUAUUUCUGGUCACAACUGUUGAGGAUACUGGCCCUGGCCUCACCGAGGAUGAGCUUUCCAGUCUGUUUGAACGGUUCGCCCAAGCGAGUCCGAAAACCGAGAGCAAGUACGGCGGAAGCGGUUUGGGACUGUUCAUAUCUCGAGAUUUGACGGAGCUCCAAGGAGGGCGUAUUGGAGUGGCGUCUGAAGCAGGCGUAGGAUCCAAAUUCGUUUUUUCAGUGGAGUCGAAGCGUUGUGAACCGCCCAAGACAAAGUCAGAUCCGCCGCCAAUACGCAUACCCGCGAGGCUUCAGGCAAUCGACAAUGACUACUCACCCGUCUUGAGUCGUCCGCCUGAGCUUCCGAACGGACAGGAAGCUACGCGUUCGUGUGCAGACCAGAAGGAGAAGGCAGGUCCACGAAGAGUUCUUGUCGUCGAAGAUAACUUGAUCAACCAAAAGGUUCUCGCAAACCAAUUGAGGAAGCGUGGUUACGAAGUAAGUGUGGCAUUACACGGCGAGGAAGCGUUGAAACAGCUUCACAUGAACUUCCCCACAAGCGAUCCUUUGUCGAUACCACGCAAAGCCGUGGGAAGUCGAUCAUUCGAUGUGGUUCUACUCGACAUCGAGAUGCCCGUCAUGGACGGCAUCACCUGCGUUCAGCGAAUCCGAGCUUUCGAGGCUGCUCGACCCAACCGGCGUCGUCUGAACGUUAUCGCCGUUACCGCGAACGCUCGAGGCGAGCAUGAGACAGCUGCUCUGGCUGCGGGAAUGGACUCGAUCACUACCAAGCCUUAUAAGAUUGAGAGCCUCGUACAGCAGAUGGAGAAAGCUUGCAGCCCAGCGGCUGGAUGA